AUGGAUAUUAUACCUGGUACUGCAAAUGACCAUGAAGCAAUCAAUAUUAUCAAUCAUUUAAUAACUAAUCACAAUAACACAUCAAUCAAUCAAUUUACAAACUGGUCAAAAGUAAAAUCAAAAAUUAUUAAAACUCUAAAAAACUAUCAAUAUAACAAAGACAAACAAACUCAACGUGCAAAACAAAUACUAUUAGAAAAAGCAGCAAAAUUCAAACAUCUUGAAGAACAAUGCAUCGCUGAAUACAAUAUUAUAUGUAACAAAAACAAAUUACAUCAAAACCACACAAACAUAUUAAAAAAACAUAUAAAUGGAGAAAUACCUAGCAAGUAUCUAUCAGCAAUACUAAACAAAAGAUCAAAAGAUGCAAAAAUUGAAUCAAUCCAAUAUGGUAACAUAAUUACAUCCGACCCCGACCAAAUUGAAAAUGCGUUUGUUGAAUUCUACACAAAUCUAUAUAGCUUACAAAUAUGUUGUCCAAUUACUCACCAGCUCAUGCUAAACACAUGGCCCAUCAUAAAAAAUGAAUAUUGGAAUGGUUUAGACUCACCAUUUAUACAAGAUGAAGUUGAAGCUGCAAUUAAAACCUGUAACCCCAACAAAUCACCCGGUCCAGAUGGCGUUACAAAUGCAUUCUACAUUAAUCAUUUAAACCAAGUUAAACCAAUUCUCACUACAUUAUUCAACGAUAUACUAGAAAAUCCUCACCACAUCACAACAGAAUUCACAGAAGGUCUUAUACACACAAUAUACAAGAAAGGCAACCCCUUACUCAUAUCAAAUCGUCGUCCCAUUACACUUCUAAACACUGAUUACAAGAUCCUCUCAAAAGUAAUCAAUGCACGUCUUCUGAGAAUACUUCCUUUCAUCAUCAACAACAACCAAACUGGUUUCGUACCCCACAGAUUCAUCAUAGACAACAUCAUCAACAUCAAUGAAUUAAUCAACUACCUCAAAUCUAAAAACCUCCCUGGUAUCAUCACACUAUUUGACUUCUUUAAAGCAUUUGAUUCUAUCUCUCACGAUAGCAUUAAAAGAACAUUAAUUCAUAUUGGUAUACCAAUAAAAUUAAUAAAUUUAAUCCACAAGCUAUUAUCUGACUCACAAGCAAAAAUUUCAAUUAAUGGUAAAACGACCAGAAAAUUCGAUAUUAAAAGAGGUGUAAAACAAGGUGACCCAAUCUCAGCCACUUUAUUUGUAAUUGUAAUUGAAAUAUUAGCAAGAACAAUAAAUGCAGACAAUUCAAUAAUUGGAUUACCAAUUUCACCCAAUCCACAAAUUAAAAUCAAAUUUACCCAAUUUGCAGACGACUCUACAACAUACAACAUCAACUACGAACAACAACAACAAUCAAUCAAACAUUUCGAUAAUUUCUGCGCUUCAACAUCAUCAUCUUUAAAUUUUGACAAAAGUGCAAUAAUAGAAAUCAACCCCCACAAAAUCACUGAUAAACACAUAAUAAACAACAUUCCACAAUCAAAAAGAAUUCCAAUAACCAAAAAAGAUCAAUCAGAAAGAGUUCUUGGCUAUUUCUUUAAUCAUAAUGGUUUACAUAGGAAAUUUCCAGAAACAAUGAAAACACUGAUUAAAUCAUUAGUGCUAUGGAAAACUAGUGGCACAACAUUAAAAACAAAAACAACCAUCAUAAACACCUACUCACUAUCACCAAUAACAUAUUUAUCAUACCUUGAAGAAUUUACAAAAGAUGAAGAAAUUCAAAUUAAUAAAUUAAUCUCAUGGUUUAUGAAUUCUCCCGCAAAUUCUGAAUCACCAACUCUCGAUACCAAUUCCAUUGAAAACAACACAUCAACCAUCCAUUCACGUGCAAAAAUACCUUUGAUGUGUUAUGAUAGAUCAUUAAAACCAUUAAAAGAAGGAGGUUGGGGUAUGUGGAAUAUCCAAUUACGACAAGUUGCUCAAAAGAUUUGGAUAUACAACAGAUUUUUACAAAUGCAUAAAUCUGCAAACAAUUCAAUAUACAUGAUAAGUUGGAUGGAUCAAAUCAUCAACAAAUCAAUCUCUUCUCCAUACCUUAUAAAAAUAAAAAAAGAAUGGGAAAACUAUGCAACUCAAAUUGGACAUCUAAAAGAUAAAGUUCAAAUCCUACAACCAAUAUUAACAAAAAACCAACCCUCUCAAACAUUAAACACAAAUAAUAUUUCACUACCACCAACACUCAAAGAAAUCUACUCGACAAUACUAAACAAUCACCAAUGCAAAUCAAAAGACUAUAUUGGCAAGAAAUAUUCAGAUCUACUUCUUACUUCGCACCAACAAUCAAUACAACUAUUAUGGAAAUACACAUACGACCAACUUUUUGUCAAAAUUCAAAAAUUAAAAGAUCCAAAAGGCCGAGAUACAAUGCAAAGAUUCCAUGCUAGAUGUCUUCCGAUUAAUCAUCUACACAACAAAGUUUGCCCCAUUUGCAACAAUGAAAUGAAUAAUGAUCCCUAUGGUCAUUUGUUUUUCAAUUGUCAGCACACAAUCAACUUCAUUAACCACGACAAAUUAAAAUAUUUUAUAUAUAAAAAUUGCAAUGGAAACAAAAACUGGUCACUAACAAAAAACCAAACAACAAAAUUAUACACACUCAUUUAUAAACCACAAACAAACAACAAAGCAUUUAAACCAGAUCCAACUAUCAAUAUUAAUUUUCAUUUUGCAGAAAACGCACAAUAUAAAAAAUACAGGUUCAACUGGAAUUAUAUAAACACAAAUCUUGAUCUAGUCAGAACACAUGCAUAUUGGAACAUAAUCUCAUUAGUUAUUCACCAAAUAUGGAUAUGGUUAUGCAAAUCAUUAUUUGACAUCAAUAUAACUCAAUCAAUUGACAAUUGGAACAACCAAAUAAACAACACAACACUAGAUUAUGAUAUAUUAAAAUCAAAAUGGCACAAGCUAAUAAGAUUGGAAUAUUCAAGAAGGUUAUCAAACUUUAACCAAUUCUCAAUUAAAAACAACCUCACAAAAACUCAAAAAGAAACCCAAUGGUCCGAAACCAUCAAAAAAUUUAAAAAAGAAUGGAGCAUAAACACUAAUGAACCAAUUCCAACAAUUACACCACCAAUUAAUUAUUAA